CUUGAGCAAAGUUUCAAGUAGUGAGUUACACAAAAUUGGUUUGUCGUGAUUCUCGCGCUAGUGAUAAGUCGCAUGAUAUUACUCAAGCUGCGUUCACUGGUGUAUGCUCAUAAAAACGGACAGUUGACUAAUACUGGGUAUAAGAAAUGUCGCGUGGUUACCUAGGAAACCACAAAGACGAUGGAUGGUCAGGAUAUGGUGGAUAUAUGCGUGCUAAGAUAUCGAAAUUGGAAAAGCAAUUCAAUGAACAAGGCGAAUCUGGUUUAUCAUUAUUCAGUGGUGUCUCUAUUUAUGUGAACGGUUACACAGACCCACCUGCUUUGGUCUUACGAGAUUUAAUAAUACGCCAUGGAGGUCGUUACCAAGCAUACUACAGUCGAUCAGCAGUUACUCAUGUGAUUGCCAGUCGUUUACCUUAUGGAAAACUAAAUAAACUCUCAGAUGAGAAGUUAGUCACUGCAAAUUGGAUUACUGAAAGUAUUGAAGCUGGUAAACUUUUACCAUGGCAAAGUUACCAGCUGUAUCCAACUCAUCGUUCUGGAACUGGGCAGAAAACUCUGAAGAUUAUACCUGUUAUUCCCGCAGAUGAGACAAAUUCUGACAAAUUAGAAAUAGUUUCACCGCCUACUGUUACAAACACAAAUAAAGAUCCAAAUACAAAUGUAAUUACAGAAAUGUCCUCCUGCAGUACACAUCAAUUGUCAUCUUCAAGCGACAAACAAGCUCGAGUUCAUCAAAUGCGUGUCGAUGAGUGUUUACCGUUAAAUCAUGUGUUAAAAACAGAUUCUUAUGAUAGUUUAAAUAGAAAUGUCCAAAAGAAUAGUCCUCUAAAACCUGCAAUUACAUUGAAACAACUUCUGAACAAUAAACUUGACGGUGAUACUCUUCAAACAACCAAUCUGAUUAAAGAUGAAGUACCUUCAUCUGUUGCUUCCCAUACAUCGAUACAACAAACCUCAUUGAAAGCAUCACUAGAUCAAAAAUUAGCUACAUUUUAUUCCCGUUCACGCUUACAUCAUCUUUCUUCUUGGGCUAAAGAUCUACAUAGCUUAGUCGAAGAGAUGCGUAAGAAUCCUGAACAUAAUUGUGAUUUAGGCAUGAAAUGGUAUAAUCAAAUUUCAAGCGAUUUAUCUCCAUCCAAAAAUAACAAAAAAACGAUUGAGUUACGUGCACGAUAUAUUCAUUGUAAUCAUUCUAAUUCUUAUCCGCUAUCAAAACCACAAAAGCCUCAAAUUAUAUUUCAUAUUGAUAUGGAUUGUUUCUUUGUAUCUGUCAGUAUUCGAAGUAGACCAGAACUUAAAGACAAGCCAGUUGCUAUUACACAUGCGAAAAGCUCACGUGGUUUAUUUAACGACAUUAGAAGUAGUAAUAAACACACGGAAUCGAUGUCUGAAGUUGCUUCCUGUUCAUAUACUGCUCGUCAGGCUGGAGUGAAAAACGGAAUGCUUCUAGGAAGAGCCAAACAACUAUGCCCAGACUUAAUUGUUUUACCGUAUGAGUUCGAGGCUUACAAAUCAGUAUCAGAGCUGCUAUAUAAUACCAUUUCUCGCUUCACUCGAGACAUCCAAGCGGUAAGCUGCGAUGAACUGUAUGCUGAUUGUACAGAACUACUAACUUAUUCGAAUGAAAACGAAAUCAAACCGAAACUCCAUGAUGGUAAUUGGGAAGUUACCUAUCAAAUCAUUAAUCCGUUAAUUUUGGGCAGUUAUAUACGAGAAUUAGUAAAAGACAUCACUGGUGGAUGCACAGCUUCUAUUGGAUUUGGUACAAGUAAAUUAUUGGCACGUUUAGCCACAAAGAGGGCUAAGCCCAACGGCCAAUACUGGCUUCUUGGCCGCUCUGGAGGCAGAUGUCCGAAACUUGAUAGGCCAACAAAAAGGGGAAGCUGGAGGUGGUAUUCUUCAGAAGGGAAUGUAGAACAGCUAGAUGUCCACUCGGAAUGUGAAUUAACCGGCGAUGAGUACCAGUGGCUGUGUGACCUACCCCUCACUGAAAUCCCAAGUAUCGGCAGAUCCCUAGCAGGUAAAAUAUUUCAAGCAUUUGAUGCAAAAACGUGCGGCCAACUGAUGUCCGAAGUCUCUCACAAUCAAAUCACAAACUUACUUGGAAAGAAGACUGGUAGUCGUGUUUACAUGGCAUGUCGCGGAAAGGAUUUGGAUAGUUUGCAUUUCGAGAAGGAAUAUAAAUCUAUAUCAGCAUCAAUGAACUACGGAAUUCGAUUAAGCUCACAAUCUGAAUUAGAAGCCUUAGUACAUUCACUAUGUGAAGAAUUGAGCUCUAGAAUGCGAAAUAUUAAAAUGAGUUCAAUGAAUGCCGGCUGUGUAGGAAAAUCGCUAACCGUCAGAUUAUACCUACGACUUCCUAACGCACCCGCACAGACUUCAAAAUAUAUGGGUCAUGGUUUAUGUUCAAUAACCAAUCACACUAUACAAAUGACUGAAUAUACAGCAGAACCUACAAUUCUUUAUCGAUAUGCAGUAAAAACAGUUAAUCGAUUAUGUCCUGAACCAAAAGAUUUACGGGGAAUAGGAUUGCAAGUUCAUCAGCUACAGUACGGAGGCUCAAGGGUUAAUUGUAUGAAGAUUAUGAACCCAUGUAGCAACGAUCAAACCGUUAAGGAAAACGACCAGUCACUUCGUUUGCCAAAAACAAACAACUUGGUGAACUCCCAAUGUCAGCAAAUUAGGUUGGUAUUAUUGUUUCACAACCUACUGUUAUUACCAGUUACAUAGAAAUGAGUCAUCCUAUAUUUACCAGCAAAGUUAAUUAUAUUUGUUACAUUCGAUUUAAUUUAUACACGUGGAAACGAAACUUGUUUGGUAAUAAUGUGGUACAGUUUAUUUUAAACUAAAUUCAGAGAUUAAGUAAUAUACUUGGAUGACAAAUCUGUUUGUUAUGAUCGCAGAUACAACUAAAUGCAAACUAUUUGGUUGUGAACCAAAUUACCUUAUACUAAAGGUAAUAACUUCGAUUAGGACGCUUUUUGCCAGUACCGUCUCUGAAAAUCGUAACGGUGUAGAAAAAUCCGAAAGAAGUUAAGUGACGGUCGAAAGUUUAAUUAAACUACUGACCAACGUGCACUACGUCAUACAGUCCUACGACCCCUUUAACUUAUUCACAUUUACAAUUUGCGUUGAGUACCUUGAACAUAUGUAAAGAUUUAGCUUUAAUGUUUUAAGACUUAGCCAUUAACUAAUGAAAUGAUGAUCAUUCAGUUUGCGCAUCUAAGUAGUAUCAUUGGCAUUAUACAAAACGUGGCUUAAAGUCCAGCACUAUGUUGUAUCUCCUUUUUCUAAAAUUAAAACAUUAGCUUUAUUCAUGUCAGUUUUAAUGGUCAGUUUACAAUUGCAGUAUUUACAUAGACUGCUUACAUAAGUUGUAAAGUGAGGUCAAGCAAACAUUCAUCGUGUCGAAGAUACCACGUAUUAGUAGUCGUGGUAGUACACGGGAUUGUACUAAGAGGAAGUUACCGUUACCAAAAUAGCUGGACGUGAUUAUCAGUAUAUCUAUAGAUUGGUAUUAGACGUACAUAUUUUCCUUUUACUAGUUAUUUUUGCCGGACCAGUACAGAUACAGUUGAAAGGAAGCUCAUAGUCACUGACCUUGAUCUACGCUAACAGGAAAUACCGGAACGAUAAGUUUAGGUCACAUGCUUCUCUUCAAGAGCCUUGUUGACGUAUAACUUGCAUGUUAUUUUUGUUUAUCUACAACUUUUAGUGUGACCGACAAUGAAGACCAACGUCGUCAAGAAUUAAACAUCACGGAUGUUGAGAAAGAUAUUCCAAACGAUUGUGACCGAUUGGGACAUUUAGCGGACAGACAUAAUACCAACGGAGUACUCGAAAUACAGAAAAAUGUGACAUCAUGUAGUUCAAACUAUAUGCCCAUCGCAACUCCAGUAAAACAAAGAAACAUAUCAGUGAAUGGCAGAAAGUUGCAGAAAAAGUGCAUAUGUAAGGGAGGAAAAUUAUCAGUAGUCAAGAGUGCACGACUUCAAAAGACGAAUUGUAAAUCCAUUUCAAAACACAUAAGUAUACCUACUCCCAUGAACUCCAUAAAACCUGAGAUACCACAACUCGGUUGCUUAACACAGGCAAUGGAAGACCCGAGUGGCUUGUUCACCAAUAAAACAUUGACAGAACUUCAACAAAUUUUUGGUGAUUGGAUAACUAGUGAAGCAGUGCCCCAAAACGAAGAUAUACAAAUUUUGACCAAUUACCUUUCAUCUCUGGUGAAUACAAAUUUGGAGCGAAUUCGCUCAGUACUUAUACUCCUUGAUAGACUUAUAACAAGACUUGCGCACCCAUCCGAUGGUAGUUGGAGAAAAGCAUAUCAAUCAAUACUUGAUACAUUAUCGGAAUCAAUUAAAGAAAAGUACAGUGGAUUCAAUUUGAAACUUCGACUAGCAGAGUAAGAAAAAUAAGUUUCCAAUGUUAAAACAUUUUAUAAAAUUUUCUUGCCAAAAGUAAUAAAGUUUCUCAAGAA